AUGACUCUGAUCGAGUUUGAGAUCUACAAGAAGAUUAAACCACCCGAACUUCUCAAUCAAUCGUGGAACAAGACCAAGUUGAAACAUCGUGCUCCCAACGUGCUAAAGAUGAUCGACCGUUUCAACAACGUCUCGAUGUGGGUCGCCACAAUGAUCAUUCAAACGCAAAAGGUAAAGGCCAGAGCGAGAAUGAUGACUCGUUUCAUAAAGAUUGCCGACCAUCUCAAAGCGAUGAACAACUACAACUCAUUGAUGGCUAUCAUUGCCGGACUCAACUUCUCGUCGGUCUAUCGUCUAAAGUACACACGUGACGAACUCUCUGCACAAACGAUGCGAGUCUAUGGCGACCUCGAGAAGAUCAUGAAUUCCGAAUCGUCGUUCAAGAACUAUCGUACGCGACUCAUGGCAUCGUCGCCACCCUACCUACCCUAUCUCGGUGUGCAUCUCACCGAUCUUACCUUCAUGGAGGAGAAUCCCGAUCUCAUCAACAUGGAGGUGGCACCCAAUCGUAAGGUCGACCUCAUCAAUUUCACCAAGCGUACACUCGUAUUCAAAGUCAUUUCAAUGGUACAACAGUCACAGCAACUCUCUUACAACUUGCAGCCGGUCCACCAGAUUCAAGAGUUCCUACUGAACAUAAAGAGCGACUACAAAGGACAGAGUUUGGAUCUCUAUCAACAAGAUCUCUACCGUGAGUCUCUUAGAAGAGAACCUCGAAAAGCACAAAGAUCCGACAUUCAAUAA